AUGCGUCAUGGUGAGAGUCAAGGCAAUCAAGAUUCAAGUAUCUAUUCAACAAUCCCGGAUCAUGCUAUUGGAUUAACACAACGUGGUGAACAACAAGCGCAUCAGGCAGGACUAGAGCUAAAAACGCUAAUGAAGAAUGAGACAAUCUUUUUCUAUGUGAGUCCAUUUCAUCGAUCAAAACGUACUUGUGAAUUAAUUAGUCAGGCAUUUGAACAAAAACAAGUAAUAAGUGUUAGAGAAGAUCCAAGAAUUAGAGAGCAAGAAUGGGGUAAUUUCCAAGAGUUAGCAUCACGUGCGGCAAUCGUAAUUGAACGUCAAAAAAUCGGUCGAUUUUUCUAUCGUUUCAAAGAUGGUGAGUCGGGUGCGGACGUAUAUGAUCGUGUUAGUUCAUUUAUGGAUAGUAUGUUUCGUGAGAUGGAUAAUCAUGCGAUGUCAGAACACAAUAUUUGUAUUGUCAGUCAUGGACUAUUUAUGCGAUUGUUUUUGAUGCGUUUUUUUCGUUGGUCGGUGGAAAAAUUUCAUACAUUAGAAAAUUUUGAUAAUUGUGGUUAUUGCAUACUGGAAAAGGACGAGAAAACAGGCUCAUAUUACCUUAAAACGGAAUUAAAAGUCUAUCCAUACAUAAAACCAACAUCGAUAUAUACAAAUAACAAGAGCAACAAAUUAAUAGAAAAGAAUAUUGAAAUGAGUUUUGAAGCCGAAGUAAAUCCAAACAUUCAUUCUGAUGAAAUAAGACAUAGUAACACAUCCGUAAAACAGACCAAUACAAAUAAGCAAGAGCCAAAAGUGGAAACAAAUCAAGCAACAAAUGAGCAAUUAGAUGUAUGA